GCUCAAGGCAUCCUUUUGCCUCAGCCUCCCAAGUGCUGGGAUUACAGGCAUGCGCCACCAGGUCCAUCUUGCUCAUCCUUUUAACACUUCUGCUUAGCCAGAAUCUUCAAAGUAUUUUUUCCGCCAUCACCCUUUUUCUUCAAGUAAAUCAGCUGCUGUCUCUUCUCUUUCCAUCUUUUAAUCUCAAGAAUGUAAUUUGUACAUUGUACCUGCCUCUGACAGCCUGUCUCUGUGUUUUGGUUCUCACUUCUGCCCUUCUUGGAGGGGUAGAUAUGUGAUUGGGUGGCAGUUUCCAAGGGCACUCGGCUCCCAGCUGGGCUGGAAACCAGGCCUGGGUUUUUGCCUGGCCUGGCCCAGCCAGCUCUCUUGUCCCCUCGGGCAUGCCCAGCACACAGGCAAGCUUUAUUUCUUGAAGUACAAUGGAAGAAUUGCUAAACUCUGCCUGGUAAAAUAGUGCAUGGAUCCUUAAAGUUGACCUAGUGUUUUCCUUCAGUAAUAUUGUACUCGGGGUAUUUUUCAGAUAAGAGACAGCUUUGUGAGAAGAAAUUAUUUUUAAUUUUAAAUCUUUUUCUUUUUAGUCCUCUGAAAGGCAGUAUAAUACAGGAAUGAAAAGAACCAGGCCUGUCUCAGUGUUACUGGGAUGCUCAACAGACACACUAGUGGAAUAGAAGAUGAACUCAACUGAAUUCAGUGAAGAUGUAGAAGAAGUUCUAAAAAAUAACACAGUGAAGGUGGAGGCUGAGAGUGAGGAUGCUGCUCUGGACUGCUCGCUGAGCUCCAGGACCGUGGAGAAGCACCCUCUAGACAGUGUCUUCACCACCCUCCAAGUCUCCAGCAAGCGCCGGCAGCUGGGCAGCGACGGCCAGCCGGAUGGUGUCACCAGUGUGAAGAGGAAGCGGCUGAUACCUGAGGCACUGCUGGCAGGCAUGCGGAACCGGGAGAACAGCUCGCCCUGCCAGGGCAACGGAGAACCAGCCGGCAGGGGCAGGAAUGUGGGCUCCGCAUGGCUGGGCGAGGAGGAGCCCUGCAAUGACACGACUACCCCUUCCUACAAGAAGCCUCUCUAUGGCAUUUCCCACAAGAUCAUGGAGAAGAAGAACCCACCCACGGGGGACCUGCUCAGCACCUACGAGGUCUUUGAGAAGCCAAACCCCAGCAACAGCCCCUCCCCACUGCGCCUGCUGAACGAGCCUCAGAAACGGGACUGCAGUAGCACUGGGGCGGCCAACGACGGUGACCCCAAUAUCUACUUCCUGAUCCAGAAGAUGUUCUACAUGCUCAACACACUCACGUCCAAUAUGUCCCAGCUGCACAGCAAGGUGGACCUGCUUUCCCUGGAGGUGAGCCGCAUCAAGAAGCAGGUGAGCCCCUCUGAGCUGGUGGCCAAAUUCCAGCCACCCCCCGAGUACCAGUUGACCGCUGCUGAGCUCAAGCAGAUCGUGGACCAGAGCCUGUCCGGCGGUGACUUGGCCUGCCGGCUGCUAGUGCAGCUUUUCCCCGAGCUCUUUAGCGAUGUGGACUUCUCCCGAGGCUGCAGUGCCUGUGGCUUUGCCGCCAAGCGGAAGCUGGAGUCACUGCACCUGCAGCUUAUCCGCAACUAUGUGGAGGUCUACUACCCCUCUGUGAAGGACACCGCGGUGUGGCAGGCUGAGUGCUUGCCGCAGCUAAAUGACUUCUUCAGCCGCUUCUGGGCCCAGCGGGAAAUGGAGGACAGCCAGCCAGGAGGCCAGGUCUCCAGCUUUUUUGAAACUGAGCAAGUGGACGCCAGCCACUUCUUGGACAACAAAGACCAGGAGGAGGCCCUGUCUCUGGACCGGAGCAGCACCAUCGCCUCUGACCAUGUGGUGGACACACAGGACCUCACUGAGUUCCUGGAUGAAGCCUCGUCGCCAGGUGAGUUUGCGGUCUUCCUCCUCCACCGGCUCUUCCCGGAGCUCUUGGACCACCGGAAACUUGGGGAGCAGUACAGCUGCUACGGUGAUGGUGGCAAGCAGGAGCUGGACCCGCAGAGGCUGCAGAUCAUCCGCAACUACACGGAGAUCUACUUCCCCGACAUGCAGGAGGAAGAAUCUUGGCUGCAGCAGUGUGUCCAGCGCAUCAAUGAUGAACUGGAGGGCCUGGGGCUGGAGGCGGGUAGUGAGGGUGAGGCCCCGAGGGAUGACUGCUACGACUCCUCCAGCCUCCCGGAUGACAUCUCCGUGGUCAAGGUGGAGGACAGCUUUGAGGGCGAGCGGCCCGGCCGGCGCUCCAAGAAGAUCUGGCUGGUGCCCAUUGACUUUGACAAGCUGGAGAUCCCGCAGCCCGACUUUGAGGUGCCAGGCACCGACUGCCUGCUCAGCAAGGAGCAGCUGCGCAGCAUCUAUGAGAGCAGCCUGUCUAUUGGCAACUUUGCCUCCCGCCUGCUGGUGCACCUCUUCCCCGAGCUCUUCACCCAUGAGAACCUGCGCAAGCAGUACAACUGCAGUGGCUCCCUGGGCAAGAAGCAGCUAGACCCGGCUCGCAUCAAGCUGAUCCGCCACUAUGUGCAACUGCUCUACCCCCGGGCCAAAAAUGACCGUGUCUGGACCCUGGAGUUUGUGGGCAAGCUGGACGAGCGCUGCAGGCGCCGGGACACCGAGCAGCGCCGCUCCUACCAGCAGCAGCGCAAGGUGCACGUUCCGGGCCCCGAGUGCAGGGACCUGGCAAGCUAUGCAAUCAAUGCUGAGAGGUUCCGAGAGGAGUACGAGGGGCCCCCGCUGCCCCCAGAAAGAAGCAGCAAGGACUUCUGUAAGAUCCCCCUGGACGAGCUGGUGGUCCCCUCGCCCGACUUCCCGGUGCCUUCUCCCUACCUGCUGUCGGACAAGGAGGUUCGCGAGAUUGUGCAGCAGAGCCUAUCUGUGGGCAACUUUGCCGCCCGGCUCCUCGUCAGGCUCUUCCCUGAACUCUUCGCGGCCUAGAACCUCCGGCUAGAGUACAACCAUUCUGGGGCUUGCAACAAGAAGCAGCUGGACCCCACGCGGCUGAGGCUCAUCCGUCAUUAUGUGGAAGCUGUCCACCCCGUGGAGAAGAUGGAGGAGGUGUAGCACUACGAAUGUAUCCCCAGCAUCGACGAGCGGUGUCCCCGCCCCAACAGGAAAAAGUGCGACAUCUUCAAGAAAGCCAAGAGGUGGAGAAGUGACAGGGCUGUGGGCCGCCCAGAGCCUCGGGAUCACCGAAGCCUGAGUGCUGGGCACCGCUGGGUCCGACCGUCACUGUGGAGCAUGUGUGGCACCCACAGGCAGGUACCUUAUGUCCACGGGGAGUGGCUUCCCACCUUUGCACACAUAAACACCCCCACCCACAAGAAAGGAGCCUUGACUUUGAUUUCUCAUACUCUGACUUUCCUGGGUCCCCGGUAGCAUUGCUGGAGCUUAGGGGGCCGAGCCGUGGGGGGAACUGGAGGAGCAGGGUCCUCUCCCUGGCUGUGGCCUCCCCAACCCCACAGUGCAGAGUGCAAGCUUGGCAACUCCCGCUCCCCUCCACACGUUUUACAUC